AAUAAAACAGCAAUGCGUAAACAAGAACUGGAAAGUCCUCCGCCCCCUUCCCCAUAUCAUCUCAAAUGAAAGCAGUUCCGUAUUCUGUGCCGCUACUACAACCAUCACUUUCAACAGUCCAAAUUCGUUCAAGCCUGUUUGUAAAAAUCAAUGCGCAUCAUCAACAUGGACCCAUGAUGUGAAGGUCUGUCUUAAGGGCAUGUUUAAUUUUCCAUGAUGUCAUGAAGGAAGAGAAGGCCAGGGGCCCUUCAGCAGAAUACUGCAGUUGAGCUACAGAGUGGCUGAAGCUGCAUUCCACUUCAUCCUUACACCAUCUGUUUUUCCUUCAUCCCUCCUUUGGUAACUUGACAAUGACAUCACAUAGGAAACACCUGGUGAGGGACUUAAACCAUUUCAUCACCUGUUAUAUCUGUAAAGGGUACUUGAUCAAGCCCACUACUGUGACAGAGUGCCUACACACCUUUUGUAAAAGCUGUAUAGUCCAGCAUUUUGAGGACAGCAAUGAUUGCCCAAAAUGUGGUAUCCAGGUUCAUGAAACAAAUCCCUUGGAGAUGUUAAGGCUCGACAACACUCUAGAAGAAGUCAUUUUCAAACUUGUGCCUGGUCUUAGAGAAAAGGAACAGCAGCAAGAGAUUGAAUUCUGGAGAAGAAACAAAGUGAAAGAAAGUCCUGAUGAGGAUGGCCCUAUAUGUAAGAAGACCCGAGUGGAUGAAGAUGAUGAUGUUAAAGGUGAUGGAGACUACCACAGGAGUGAUCCGCAGAUAGCCAUCUGUCUAGACUGCUUGCGUAACAAUGGGCAGAUGGGAGAGAACAUUGUUAAGGGCUUAAUGAAAAAAGUUAUUCGAUGCUCAACAAGAGUGACUGUUGGAACAAUCAAGAAGUUUUUAAGUCUGAAGUUAAAGCUUCCCAGUUCUUAUGAGCUAGAUGUUCUAUGCAAUGGUGAGAUCAUGGGUAAAGACCACACCAUGGAGUUUAUCUACAUGACCCGCUGGAGGCUUCGGGGAGAAAAUGCCUACCCAAUGGUACUUGAAUAUCGACCACGCAUUGACUUUGGCUAGGUUGAAAUAUCCUGCACUAAUUUCAGCCUAUCAACAGACAGCGAAUUGAAUGGACAUCUCAAGUUCUGAAGAUAUACUCUACCCGUCUCUUCUGUUUAAUUACUUUGGCUCACUUUAUUGGGAUCAGUUAGUGCAUAGUAGCCUGUGACACUUACUGUGUGUCACAGAGAUUUGUGUGUUGUGGUUAAUUUACCAAAGUGACACAAAAGUCAUGUUUAAGGGCCUUUACCAGUUUGCAUAUGAUGGCAUCUCCUUUUUAAAAAAAGUCACGAUAUAAAAAUCUCAAGUAUAUGCGGCAGUGCCUUUUCCCAUACACCAUCUUAUAAAGAGCUGUGGACAGACGUUUUAUAAAGAUUUCUAAAGAGGUGUUUUUGAAGAAUGUUUCCUUUUUUUGUUCCACAGAAUGAACAAAGUCAUACAGGUUUUGAAAAACACGAGAGUGAGUAAAUGAUGACAGAAUGUUCAUAUUUAGUAGUUUAAUAUUAUAAGUCGCCUAAUGUUUAAAGCUUUGGGCUGGUCCAGAGCCUCCAACAUCCUCCAAGGGUUUUAAACUAGUCUGUUUUUGAUUUUGCCCACUUAAGGGAUUUUAUUUGUUAUAGGCCAUACCUCUGUUCUCACACAAAUGUCUUUUCUUUUGAGCGUUUUGGUGACUUCUCUGCACAUGUGCCUCAUUUUUUAAAAAUAAAGGUGAAAUUAACUUAGCUAAACACGUACAGGUUCUACAAUGUCAUCAUACUUCCCUGGCAUCCUAAUUGAGAAAAAAGUUGAGCUUUACUGUCAUUGUGUCAUUAUUUUGGUUUAUGGUUGACAGGCAAUGAGUUAAAUGAGUUCAAAUGAGUUUCUCACAAUUUGUAGUACUCUGACCGCCCCCCCCCCCAAAAAAAAUUUUUUUUAUAGAAACAUGGGUAUAAUGUUCAUAAUUGCUGUUUUGAAUAUUGAGUCAUGCUUGCCUGUUU